AUGUCCGCCUACCUGAUUUCUUUGAUCGGCAUCACCGUGCAAAGAUUGCGGAAUCGGCUCGGGGAAUCCGUCGGCUUCCCGGACGUUUUCACCCCUAAUGGAUUCGGGUCGGUCUUGGGAGCUCUCCGUGCCUUCAAAUCUGAUAGGGUGGGUAAUCGCUUCUCACUUCUUCGACCUAAGCGACGACGGCGGCGAUUUGGCCGCAUCCAUGGCUGGACCGCACCGCAAAAUUGGACGCGAGGUGUGUAUGUGACUGCGAGAAGCGAGAAGCAAAGAAAGAGAAUAAUUGAAGUGUGUAUGUGUCUACGAGAAGAGAGAAGCAAAGAAAGAGAGAAGCGAGAGUAA